AAAUGGUUUUAAACUGGAGGGCGGUGGCGGCCGAGCGGCCGUUUCUCAACCGCGGGAUUUCAGUUGUGAUUUUGAUCGCAGGACAGCUCAGUUGUAGUAGUCAGGGCGCGCUUUUUCCCUUUCCCCUCCGCAGGCAGAAGCCCGCUCCGCCAGAGUGAGGGGCGCGAAGCUGGAGCGCUGGGAGAUGUUAGUAUAGACAUAGUUUUGGAGCCGGACUUGAAGAGUUAUUCGUGAAUCCGGAAUGGGUGACAGAGUCACCACGGCAGUGUACUGACUAUGGAUCGUUAUGAUGCACCAGAAUCGACGCCCAGACAAAGUGCAGCCUCAGGUCUUAGAGAUUAUUUCAUAGGUGCCACCCCCCUGCAGAAACGACUGGAAUCCAUCAGGAAGCAGGCCUCAGUUCUCCCGACCCCACCUCGAAGGAAAAUUCUGCAGUGUUCACGGUUGCAGGAAGAUGUUGAUCCUCAGAAGGUCGCAUUCCUUCUGCAUAAACAGUGGACUUUGUAUAGCUUAACACCCCUGUAUAAGUUCUCCUAUACUAAUCUCAAAGAGUAUUCCAGACUUCUGAGUGCAUUUAUUGCCGCUGAAAAGCAAAAAGGACUUGCUGUGGAAGUGGGAGAUGACUUCAGCAUCAAAGUGAUUUUCUCUGCUCUCCUCGGAAUGAAAGGGACAGAAAGGGACCCUGAAGCACUGCUCGUCCAGAUUCUGUCAAAAUCUCAGUUGCCACCUCAGAACAGAGAAGGUAAAGUGUUAUGGACCGGUUGGUUCUGCUGUAUAUUUGGAGACAGUCUUCUGGAGACUGUUUCAGAAGAUUUCACCUGCCUACCGUUAUUCCUUGCAAAUGGAGCAGAGUCCAAUACAGCCAUAAUUGGAACUUGGUUUCAGAAAACCUUUGACUGUUAUUUCAGUCCGUUAGCAAUCAAUGCAUUCAAUCUUUCCUGGAUGGCUGCUAUGUGGACUGCAUGUAAAAUGGACCAUUACGUGGCUACUACUGAGUUUUUUUGGUCUGUACCCUGUAGCCCUCAGAGUCUGGAUAUUUCUUAUGCCAUACAUCCAGAGGAUGCAAAAGCUUUGUGGGACAGUGUCCACAAGACGUCUGGGGAGGUUACCCAGGAGGAAGUGGACUUAUUUAUGGACUGCCUUUAUUCACAUUUCCAUAGGCAUUUCAAAAUUCACUUGUCAGCCACAAGACUGGUUCGUGUUUCCACAUCUGUAGCUUCUGCACAUACCGAUGGAAAAAUAAAGAUUCUGUGUCAUAAAUACCUUAUUGGUGUGUUGGCAUAUUUGACAGAACUGGCAAUUUUUCAAAUUGAAUGAGCUCUGUGUGGACUAUAUAAUGAAGCUCUGUCAUGGAUUAUAUACCCUGUUUUCACUGGUUAUUUGCUUAGUUCCUAUGUUGAGAGGGACCGCAAGGGAAAUGAGUGUCUGUCUCUGCAUCUUUCUCUUCAUGGUGGCUUUGAAGUUGCUUGGGUGGAAGCCAGGAAGGAUCUAGAAGAACAACGAAUGUGGUAGCGGGCAAGCCAUAGCCACAAGGACUAGUUGUCAUGAUCUGUGGUGCCACUCUGAAGAAAGUGCUGUUAAUUUAUUGGUCUUCUUCUUAAAGAAUAAGUAUUCACUAUGUUAAAUUUUUAGGAUUUAGCCAGGUGUGGUGGUGCAUACCUGUAAUCCCAGAACGUGGGAGGCUGAGGCAGGAGGAUCAGUGUGAAUUCAA